AUGCAGAGCGCUGGGCUACAGGCGUCGCUCGCUGACUUAGUAAUCGUCGAUUACGAAGGCGGGCGAGAUCUAGAGAAUCGGUUUGAUGGGCAUGGGAUCGCGACUUUUGAAGGUGGGCCUACUUACGCCGGUGAUUUCCGUGGUGGCUUGAUGGAUGGGAACGGAGUUUACAAAUGGACCGAUGGUACCACAUUCACCGGCGAAUUCAGGCGCAAUACUAUCACGGGUCGAGGUAAAUACACGUGGCCAGAUGGCUCUACUUAUGUUGGAGAGGUAUUGAACGGCCUUCGCCAUGGAUGUGGUACAAUGCACGGACCCAUCGAUGGCACCCCUCGCUACAACGGGGACUGGUACAACGGCGAGAGACACGGGUUAGGCACGUUAUGCUACGACGCCGCUGGCGACUCUCGCUAUGAAGGUGACUGGGCAAACAAUGACAGGAACGGACACGGGAUCAUGUACUACGCAAGCGGAAAUAUUUACGAAGGCGACUGG